GCCAUGACAUCAUCACAGGUCCUUUAGCUGCCUAAGAAAUAGCAUCUACCCGAUCCUAAUAUCCUGAACAGAGUCCGGAAUCUUCUCUGCACACAGGGUUAUCUCUGCUGUCCGGGUCUAUAAUAUGGAAUCUUUGCAGGAAAGUUCUGGAGGAACAAUGAGUGGACUAGAAAACCCCAUAUCAGAGAAUGGAAAGAAGCAAUUUUCAUGUCCGGAAGGUAUGAAGUGUUUUACUACGAAAGUAUAUCUUGUGGAUCAUAUAAAAACUCACACAGAGGAGAAACCAUUUUCAUGCCCAGAAUGUGCGAAGUGUUUUAGGAAUAAAUCACAUCUCGUGGAACAUAUGAAAACCCACACAGGAGAGAAGCUAUUUUCAUGUCCGGAAUGUGUGAAGUGUUUUACUAGGAAAGUAUCUCUUGUGGAACAUAUGAGAACUCACACAGGAGAGAAGCCGUUUUCAUGUCGGGAAUGUGUAAAGUGUUUUAGUAAUAAAUCAUAUCUUGUAAAACAUCUGAAAACUCACACAGGAGAGAAGCCAUUUUCAUGUCCAGAAUGUGGGAAGUGUUUUAGUCAAAAACCAAGUCUUGAAAAACAUAUGAGAACUCACACAGGAGAGAAGCCAUUUUCAUGUCCAGAAUGUGUAAAGUGUUUUAGGAAUAAAUCACAUCUCGUGGAACAUAUGAAAACUCACACAGGAGAGAAGCCAUUUUCAUGUCCGGAAUGUGGAAAGUGUUUUACUAGGAAAGUAUCUCUUGUGGAUCAUGUGAGAACUCACACAGAGGAGAAACCAUUUUCAUGCCCAGAAUGUGCAAAGUGUUUUAGUAAUAAAUCACAUCUCGUAACACAUCUGAAAACUCACACAGGAGAGAAGCCAUUUUCAUGUCCGGAAUGUGUGAAGUGUUUUAGUCAAAAACCAAGUCUUGUGGAUCAUAUGAAAACUCACACAGGAGAGAAGCCAUUUUCCUGUCCAGAAUGUGGAAAGUGUUUUAGGAAUAAAUCCCAUCUCGUGGAACAUAUGAGAAGUCACACAGGAGAGAAGCCAUUUUCAUGUCCGGAAUGUGGAAAGUGUUUUACUAGGAAAGUAUCUCUUGUGGAUCAUAUGAGAAUUCACACAGAGGAGAAACCAUUUUCAUGCCCAGAAUGUUUGAAGUGUUUUAGUAAUAAAUCAAGUCUUGUAAAACAUCUGAGAAGUCACACAGGAGAGAAGCCAUUUUCAUGUCCGGAAUGUGGAAAGUGUUUUACUAGGAAAGUAUCUCUUGUGGAUCAUAUGAGAACUCACACAGGAGAGAAACCAUUUUCAUGUCCGGAAUGUGUGAAGAGUUUUAGGAAAAAAUCAAAUCUUGGAAAACAUCUGAAAACUCACACAGAAGACAGACCAUUUUCAUGUCCGGAAUGUGUGAAAUGUUUUAGAAUUAAAGCAACUCUUGUGGAACAUAUGAAAACUCACACAGGAGAGAAGCCAUUUUCAUGUCCAGAAUGUGCAAAGUGUUUUAGUCAAAAAUCAAGUCUUGUGCAUCAUAUGAGAACUCACACAGGAGAGAAGCCAUUUUCAUGUCCGGAAUGUGUGAAGUGUUUUACUAGGAAAGUAUCUCUUGUGGAUCAUAUGAGAACUCACACAGAAGAGAAACCAUUUACAUGUCCGGAAUGUGUGAAGUGUUUUAGUAAUAAAUCAAGUCUUGUAAAACAUAUGAGAACUCACACAGGGGAGAAGCCAUUUUCAUGUCCGGAAUGUGUGAAGAGUUUUAGGAAAAAAUCAAGUCUUGUGCAUCAUAUGAGAACUCACACGGGAGAGAAGCCAUUUUCAUGUCCGUAAUGUGUGAAGUGUUUUAGUCGUAACUCAAGGCUUGUAAAACAUCUGAGAAAUCACACAGGGGAGAAACCGUUAUCAUAUACAGUAUAUGGCUAAUGUUUUUACCAAAAGUCAAAUUCAUCUGUAUACAUGAGGACAAACCUAAAGAAGUCAUAUCCAUGUUCAGAAUGUGGAAAAUGUAUUAGUAAGACAUAUUGUUAACCCCUUAACGACCACGGACGUAAUGGCCGACAUCCGCGGUCGCGCGAUUUUUCCGCUAUUAACCCCUCAGAUGCCGUGAUCAAUACAGUGCGGUACUUUGAAUGGAUGAUCGGAUCGGAGCGCUGCUGCGGUGAUCUGAUCAUCCAGCAUGGCAGACGAAGGUCCCCUCACCUGGCUCCGGACGUCUCCCGGGGUCUUCUGCUCUGGUCUGAGAUUGAGCAGACCAGAGCAGAAGAUCACAGAUAAUACUGAUCAGUGCUAUGUCCUAUACAUAGCACUGAACAGUAUUAGCAAUCAAAGGAUUGCUAUAGAUAUUCCCCUAUGGGGACAUCAUAAAAAGUGUAAAAAAUAAAUAAAUAAAAAAAUUAAAAAAGUUGAAAAAUGUAAAAAAAAAAUCCCCUCCCCUCAAAAAAAUGAAAAUUGUCAGUUUUUCCCAUUUUACCCCCAAAAAGCGUAAACAUUUUUUUAAAUAAACAUAUUUGGUAUCGCCACAUGCGUAAAUGUCCGUACUAUCAAAAUAUAAUGUUAAUUAUCCCGUACGGUGAAUGGCGUAAACGUUAAAAAUGUUAAAAGUCCAAAAAUGCUUUUUUUUUUGUCACAUUUUAUUAAAACAUUUUUUUAUAAAAAAUGAUCAAAAAGUUUUAUAUAUGCAAACGUGGUAUCGAUAAAAAGUACAGAUGGCGGCGCAAAAAAAUGAGCCCUCAUACCGCCAUAUAUAUGGAAAAAUGAAAAAAGUUAUAGGUGGUCAAAAUAGGGCGAUUUUUAAAUUUACUGAUUUUGUACAAAAAGUUUUAGAUUUUUUUAAGCGGUACAAAAAUAUAAAAGUAUCUAGCCAUGGGUAUCAUUUUAAUCGUAUUGACCCACAAAAUAAAGAACACAUCUCAUUUUUACCGUAAAGAGUAUAGUGUGAAAUCAAAACCCUCCAAAAUAUGCAAAAUUUUGGUUUUCAUUUAAAUUUCCUCCCUAAAAAUUUUUUGGGGUUCGCCGUACAUUUUAUGGUAAAAUGAGAGGUUUCCUUACAAAGUACAAUUGGCCACGCAAAAAACAAGCCCUUAUAUGGGUCUGUAGAUGGAAAUAUAAAGGAGUUAUGGAUUUUAGAAGGUAAGGAGGAAAAAACCAAAACGCUAAAAUAAAAUUGGCCUGGCCCUUAAGGUGUAAAUGGGCUUGGUCCUUAAGGGGUUAAACAUCUGAGAACACACACAGGGGAGAAGCCAUUUUUAUGUUCAAAAUGUGAAAAAUAUUUUAGUCCAAAAUGAAAUAUUGUACAAAACAAAAGGAGAAGAAAACGGAUAUACUAAAAUGCAGUGCACACCUAUCAGUAACAACAAUAUUCUGUAUAAAAUAUGAAUCUUUAUUAGCAAAAGAUAUAUACAAAAAUACAUGGAUACAAAAAGACACCGUACAAUUAAAAAUAAUUAAAAUUGCUCUAACCAGAGCAACCUACAAAAACAUGAGGGGAGGAUAUAACCACGUCAAGAGGGCACAUGUAUAUAAAUGGUGGGCAGAUAAUACUGCUCAGUCCUUCUAGAGCCCCAACCUCAUGUGUAAACCAUAUAUAUAUAUAGCAGAAAACACAAUACCGAGUCUACAGAAUCACAUUACACAGUAUAACAGCAAAGCCAAGUAAUGUUGCCCUAUACUUUAUACACAGAAUGGACUGGCUGUCCUAUAACAAUGAAUGCAAAAGUAAAAGAUGCAAACCAGUGCAGGAUACCAGACAGGGGAUUAGACCGAUGCAGGUAUAAACAGGUCACAACAUGUGCCCCCCAAAAAUGAAAUCUUGUUCAUCACCUCAGGAUAUACACUCUAUGGGGGAAAUCUGGUGUUGUGGAAGAUGUGAGAGCUGACUGAGGAGAGAAGUCAUUAGAAUGUUCAGACUGUAGGAAAUGUGUCCGGUGCACAUUGUAGGACCUGAUGUCUCAGGACGUCUUCUAAGUUAUAGUGUCUCUGGAAUGUUCUUCUCCUGUCUGAUGGUCAGAUAGGACAUGGAGAUGACCAAUCUGUGCACGAGUCCUAUUAAUUCCAUUGGAUGUGUGUAGGAAACCCGCUGGACGUCACAUGCUCGCCUCAGUAACUGUACUGCCCAGCAGGGACUUGUGUCCUUCCACCCCCAAUCUGAAGAUCAGGGGGGAGAUCACCAUUAUAGGGACACUAGAAAUGCCCGGCUACAAUACUGAAAACCAUUACUGCUAUUUCCACAUCCAACUGGGUUUGGACUAAAUGGACUGUAUCCCAAAGUUCUUCUACCUGAGAAUAAAGUAUGAAGACUUCUCUUUGUUUCUUCUAUUCUUUUUGUAUCUGGAGAAUUCAGACAUUAUUCUUUAUACAGAACAGAAGAGACAUCCUGUGGGACAUGACUUUUCUAUACAAAAAUCUAAAACAUUUUUUUUUUAAGUUUAAAACAACAAAAUCCAUUGUUGCAUAACACAGAAGAGUAAUCUCCUCAUGUAUCUUCUGUCUCUUUCUCCUGUGAUGUUCCAGCUAUGUGCACACAGACCUCUGCCUGACUAUCCUGACACAUACUGCCCCCUAGUGGUCAGUAGUUAGCUCUGUUGUCAGCUCUGGGCUCCUUGGUGCAUGGAGGACUAUAACCCCCACCAUGUCCAUGCUGGUUGUAGUCCUGGAAUACAUACACAUGGUAGGUAACCAGUAAUUCUGGAGCACAGGGUUGAGACCACUGUCCAGCCUUCUAGCAAAGCUUCCUGACCACAGCCAAAGUUGCAAACGGUCCCAGAAAGGGGUGGGGCCAACAAGCAGUGGGUGGGGUUCCAGUUGCUCCAGGGGUGGGGCUUAAAUUACUCGGGAUUGUGUCACAACUUUACCUCAGCAGUUAAUAGAUAUAAUGGUGACAUGUAGUACUCACAGGCAGAGACCUAAAGUAUCCUCUCUCUAUAUAACGGACCGGGGCAGCACUGUCCUGUCACUAUAGAUCUUUACAAUAAUAAUAAUACUUUUUUACAUGGCACCAAUUUAUUCCAAAGCACUGUACAGAGAUUGUCAUCACUCCCUUUGGUCCUUGUCCCCAAUGGGGCUCACAAUCUAAUCUCCAAACUGACCCAUCAUUGUGUUUUUGUGUUGGAGAAAAGCCACAAUGACAUGAGGAGAACAGCCUGAGAAUACAAGAAGCGAUCACCAUGAUGUCUGCCAUUAACCCUUUAGAUGCCAUUAUCAAUGUCAAUCAGAGCAUUUAUAGG